AUGCAGCCGGCAAUGUCAAGGAGGGUGCUAAGGCUGCUGGCGAAGCAGUUGGAGACGCUGCAAGCGGAGGCUUUUGGUGCGGUGAAGAGCGGCGUCUGGAUGCCGCAAAGGACAAAGCAAGUGAUGCGGCGGAAGGCGCUCGAUCAGGAGUUGUGUCUGCUGGAGAAAAAGUUGGCGAAGUUGCAGGUGGCGCUGUUGGAGUCGUGA